AUGGCUGUCGCUGGGGUUCAUAUCUCUGGGGAGGUGGCGCUGAUGCCUGUGGGAUCGCCACAGCUGGUUUGGUCGCAGAGAGCAUGGCUGCACCUGCAACACCGCAUUGCUCGCAUGCUGCAGCCACUACACGAGCAUCUGCUCUUCUUCUCCUCGCCUCUCACCAAACCAGAGGACGCCGCCCUACCCUCCUCUGCAGCAGCAGCUGCCGCACAGGAGGCCCAAUCUUCAGGGUCAGCAGCGCUGCAAGUGCCACCAGCGCAGCGGCUGCUGCAGGAGGGGGGGUUGAUGCAGAGCGUGUACAGAGAAAUGGUGGCGACACAGCAGCGGGUGGUGGAGCUGGAGCAAGAGGUGCAUCGACUGGACGAGCAGAACAAGCUGUAUAUUCAGGAACACGCUCGCCUGCGCGGCUUACUGGGGGAAUGGAGCGCCCAUGCUGCUAAGCUAGAAGCUGCCCUGUACCGCUCACAGAUGCAUGCACAGAGAGAGGCAGAGAGGGAGGGGCGGAGAGGGGGCGCUGGGAGGGUGGGGGCAAGUGACAGGCAGAGAGGCGGGCAUUCAGGUGGAGGGAGAGUGGGAGGCGAGAGUGGGUCACAGGCAAGAGUGCAGAUACAUGCAGGGGAAGCAGCAGGGGGAGCGGCAGGGGGAGCGGCAGGGGGAGGGGUAGGGGUAGCGGCAAGGGGAGCGGCAGGAGGAGUGGCAGGGGGAGGGGCAGAUGGUGAGGCGGAUGGGCGAGGGGGUGGGGAUAUGGAUGGGGGAGAGAACGGUCAGGCGAACGGGCAGGUGCAGGAGGGGAGGCAGGCUGAAGGUGUGGGAGAGGGGGAGAGGAGGGACAGACAUGACGUGGGAACUAGAAUGCGCGCGACUCUCUCGCAUCUAUCGAGCAAAUUCGUGCGCGUUUCCUCUUCGCUCCGUUCUCCACGUACGGCGGCGCCACUCCGCGCGUUCAAAGCUCCGCGCAGCCACCUUACACGUGUCACGUCCCUGCCGCACGCGAAACAGCCCCUGGCGCAUUUUGCCUGUCAGGUCCCUCGGCUUGCUUAUUCCUCCCUCCCGCCGCUCAUCCCGCCGUUCAGCCCGCCGCACCUUGCGCCGCACUUUGCUCACGCGCAGUUACCGCGGCCACCCUUCCGCGCCGUGCGCGGAAUGUCGACCGGAGGCGCUGAGGCUGCGCCGGUAGGGGGAGGCGCAGGAGCUGGAGUUGCGCGCGUGGGGGGAGAAGGCGCAGCCGCGGUGGCUGCGCCAGGCGCAGGCGCGGCAGUAGGUGCGCCCGCGCUUGUCCCCCCCGCGCUCGUGGUGCUAGAGGGGGUGGCGGAGCGGGACGGGGAGAUUGUGGCGACCGUGCGGAUAGAUGCGCGGGUGACUGGGGAUGAGGAGGGGCGCGGGGAUGCAGGGGAGCGGGGGGCGCGGGGGGAGAAGGGAGAAGAGUGCGCGGAGGGGCAUGCGCGGGUGCAGUCGCGUGUGGUGCCGGUGAAGGCUGGGGCAGGCGUUAGCCGGCAGGAACUAGAGUACGUGCGUUACUUACUCCCCGCCCACUCUACCCCAUCCUCUCACCUCUUCUCUCCCUUCCCCCCCCCCCCCCCCCGGUUCUCUCCCUCCCCCUACUCCUACCCCAAACUCCCACCCCACUCACCAUCCCUCUUCCUUCUCUUCUCAUGUCACGCCAUCUUCUCCUGGUCCUCAUCGCUUACCUUACCCCUUCCAUCCCUCCCAUCACCCUUGCAUCUCUGCCCCUCCCCCCUCUUUCCCCCCGGUGCGACCAGGGCGGCGGUGCGCUCAGCCCCCUUCGUGGCAUGGCUGCAGCAGAUGGCGGCAAGCAACGGGCUGCUGGGCGCGCAGGGGGGGUGUGACGGUGCCAAGUGCGCUUUGCACGGGGUGACAAUACAGAGUGUGGACAUGUUUGGGGCGGGCAAGGUGGGAUUCGUGAAGUUCAAGGCCGAUGUGACGGACGUCGCUACAGGCGCCAAGGUGCGUACGGCAUGCUUGCUGCUACAGCCAGGGAUUUGCCCGUGCCAUUCCCCUGCAUGCCGUCCCCUUCCCCCCUGCCUUUUCCCCUUCUCCCACCCACCUGCCCGUUCUCCUUCCGCUGCCUCCUUCCACUCCCAUCCCACCCAACCCACCGCUCUCUUCCCCGCGAGGGUACCAGUGGGAAGAGUGCUGUUGGAGAUGCCAGCUGGUAUGCUAGACGGCAAUCACGGCGAGUUUGUCGGGACCGCAGCAAAGGAGGUGAAGGAGGAGACAGGCAUCACAGUGCGUCACGACCACCUCAUCAACCUCACCGCCUUCCUGGAACCUUCCACCAGGCAACAGAUGCUGCCUUCCCCAGGCGGGUGCGACGAGGGCAUACUGCUCUUCCUCUAUCGAGCCACCGUCUCACCUGCUCGCAUAGCCAAGCUGCAGGGCCGGCAGACGGGGCUACGGCACGAGGGGGAGCUGAUCAAGGUGCACGUGCGGCCUCUGGACACAAUAUGGCGCCAGUCUGCUGACUGCAAGGUGCUGGCAGCUGUGGCGCUUUACCAGAACGCGCUGAGAGAGGGAUUGCUGAAGGAUGAGUUUCCUGCUGUGGAGGAGAGUGAUGGGGGCAGCAGUGGUGAGGAGGAGUGA